AUGGCAUUCCAACCCACUCCGACAGAUGUUUCCGUCCUCAUUACCACAACUACUACAAAUGCCAAUUCUGAGCCCCAGUUCGUCACCGAGCGUCGUAUCACCCCAACAUGGACUGUGAUGCAAUUGAAGUCAAAGUUGGAAACAAUGACAGGAAUACCACCCAGUAAUCAGAAACUGAAAUUAAAAUCACCAGGACAUCUCGAUCAAUGGGUUGAGGUUGAUGAGAGCAUUAUUGGUGAUUGGGGGGUUAUGAAGGGCAGUGAGAUUGAGGUCCAUGAUUCCCGCCCUCCUUCCGCACGGCCAAACUUCAAUGAUCUAUCCUCGGUUGAGAAAUAUAUCCUUCCUACAUCUACCUACGAGUCCCUGCCCAAUUCAGUACUAGCCUGGAAAAAGCACCAGAAACUCGGUCGGUUUGAUCCAAAUGCGUUGGGACCGGAUGAAAUGUUACGCAAGCAGGCAAAGAAAGAUGCGGAGGAUGUUGAGAUUCGAGGUAUUGCUGUCUCCAAACGUGCUAUUAUCCUCCCAUCGUCUCCCCCACAUGUCCGGCGAGGAAUUGUUCGCUUUGUUGGGCCGGUGCCAUCCAUUCCCUAUCCCGGGGUGGAAAACCAAAGCGCUAAUUCCAGUGUUAUGCCUAUUUGGGUUGGAAUCGAGCUUGAUGAGCCUACUGGUAAGAAUGAUGGCAGUGUGGGCGGAAAGCGCUAUUUUACUUGCCCAAACAAGGCCGGUAUCUUCGUGAAACCCGAAAAGGUUGAGAUAGGAGAUUUUCCGCCUUUGGGACUAGACGAUUUGGAGGAUGAGACAAUGGAGGAGAUAUGA